CCCAAAACAUGACAUCAUGCAUUGAGGAUGCCGGUCGCCGAUCUAAAGCGCCGUUCAAGACUGAAAAUCCGAGGUUGUAAAGGGCGUGGGCUUUGAUGUUCGGAUUUCGUCGAGCUUGAACAACCUUGCAUGCAUGAUACAUUGAUAUCACCCGCUUUUGCGCCUAUGUGUAAGCUAAUUUGACAGCAAGAGUGGAAAUGGUUGCCUUGCGUACAAAUCAACCUUUUAUUCGCAUUCGUUCGCACCGGUUCAAUGUGUAGGUCUCUCGAAUGCACCCCUGGCGUGGAGCAAUGUUUUCUUAUAAGAUGGUUACAAUGAAAACUUUGACUGUUUUUGUAUUCGUCUGUGCAUUUUCUACUCUUUGGUUAUUUUGAAUGGAUUCGUAAGUGUCUGGGACGCUAUUGUUGUCAGUUUAGUUGGAUAUGGCAGUAAGCAACACCGAGCCGCUCUGUCAUCCGUGCGUUUAUCAUGACAAUUUUAAAGUGAAGCUGCAGGUGAGAAGACCUCUGAGCCCUACUCAUCUGAGUCCUGAGCAGGUUGGCUUGGAGAUGUUGUGUCUGUGUGGACAGCUGGACCUUCUCGUCCGGGCUCAGGUUCAGCAGUUCCACGAGCAAUUGAGUCAAGACUGUAGCCCAGAGGAAUCUGACACCUUCCAGCUCCAAGGAGCUGAGAUCUUAGACCAGAUGCUGCAGUGCCUGGAGCAUCUACCAAAGCCUAUGCCACAAUUAGAGGACUACCUGGACAUGGUGGGCCUGUCUGGGAUGUUCCCUCGGGUCGAGGUCUACCUCAUCCAGGGCAGUGCUGUAGGCAUGCUGGAAAAGCCCCCCAUGGAAGAGUACUUCUCUCACCUUGCCAAACUGAACCAGCUUCUCGUCCUGAGCCAACAACUAGAGGAGGACGUCAGGCAUCUGGGCAGCCACAAAUACAUCGCCCACCAGCUCUCUGUCCUCUAUCAAGUGAUCGGCUCCUUCCCAGGGAUGCGCUGCUUGGCCGAGAUAAAAAAAGACAUCGAGGCAAACUUCAAACAGAUGAAAUUGUCCCUGGUGACAGAGGACGUCUCCAGGCAGGAACCUCAGCUGGCUGCUAACUACGUGAACUGGAUACUGAAGAUCACAGAGAGGAUCGCGCUGGUGAUGUCAGCGCUCCCGGAGGACCUGACGGACGGCCUGAGCCCGGCCAUGAGCUUCAUCUCCCAGCUCCUGACCCAGCAAAGGUUCCCCGUCCCCCCCUAGGAGCCCCGAAAUAAACCCCCCCUAUAGGACCACUCCACAAAUGUACCGCUGAUCUGACUGUAAAUCCAAAACGACAAUGUGAAUCAAGGUGCUAUGUGAUUAAAUUAGACAGCAUAGAAAGAAAAAGAAUGACGGGACUGUAUGCUUAGUUUCCACAGCAACUGAGGUUUGUAUAUUGUUGUUCUAUUGCGGCCCAUAUUAGGCCAAGGCGAUUCAGGUGAUCUGUGUGGGAAUGAAAAGCAUCCGGUAUUUGAUGUUUUGUUCCUGAACAGCUAGCACAUUUCAAUGUUUUAAAUAUAAUAAAAUCAAAA